AUGGGGCUUAUGGAGGAGAGGGCAUCUUCAAGCUCUGAACGUAACUGGUCAAGCCGGGUAGCGGAGCUAGUGUCAAUGCUGUCAGAGACCGCGGCAGCUCGGGAAUCAAGGCAAGAGCGUCUCCCAGUUGCCGCGCAGCUGCACUUAGGCAGGCAGUUGCUGGAAAGGCAAACUGUAUUUCAACCACAGAGCAGUGAGCUGGUAGCUCUGCUUACUCGAGGGCAGUCACCUGGGGGAGCCUUUCGGCCGGAUGGUCAGCCGCUGGCGCUGAACCCCGACUCGUGGUUAGAGGAAAUUCCAAGCAUCGGCGGUCGUCCUGAAGGGCCGGAAGGAGCUGGACCGUCUUCAGUUACUGCUGGCAAGUCAAAGACUGGUAAAUUGCUAAACAGGCGUUCGUUGAGGCGACGGCGUCCAGGAGGCUUAAAGAAACUCCAUUCACUUGAAGACAUCAAAGAGCAUGCAUAUGUUCGGCUUCCGGUGCUGGAGGAAGGUGUCGUUCCGAGAUAUAUCCGAGUACCAGCCCUCUUUGAUAAAGGGCAGAGGAAGUUUUCACCCCAUCCCUACCUGCUGACGCUGCGGAGGUUAUUUGCAAAGAGGAGACUCAACCAGCAGGAUGCAGAUAUUCUCAUGCAUGCCGUCGAGCGGCUGGCGUCCGCAACUUUGUUUCGGGGCGAGAAAGUAAUAAGCACUCCGUCCGCGUUUCAUGUUGUUGAAGUCUUAGGUGAUUAUUUCAUGAUAUUCGAUGCAAUCGUCUGUGCUUCCCAAGUUAUGGGGAAGUACAUGCAGCUUCCUCUGUGGUGGGGAAAAUUCACAGCAAAAGUUCACACGAGUUAUACGGUUUCGUCUGCAGGAGGAAACGGAAAACAAAUAUCGACAUUUCACAGCAAUUUAGCAGCACGGCUUAUUGCUGCCCUGAAUAUCUACAAACGGGGAGAACGCCCUCCAGCUGAAGAAGUCUUCGCGCUGAAAGCUCUGCUUUUUUGCGCCCCUAUGGGAUACCAUCGAUUUAAAGGUCCUAAAUGGGAUCCAUGGCGAAAAGAUGGAGAUUGCUCCUAG